AUGACGCGGGGCGCGUCAGGCCUCUGGCAGCCCGCCGUAGAGAACAACACCGACCAGAUCGUGGAGGGGUGCCUCAGGCAGGUCGCGAACGCCAACGUCCUCGUGCGGAAGCUGGGCGCCAACGAGUACGAGGUGGACGGCUACCGCGUGCAGGUCGGCUUCCGGGACGGCGAGCCGCUGGCCUUCCAGCUCGGCCGCGGGGCCGCGGGGGCCGACGAGGCCCUCGGCCCGGGCGAGCCGCUCCUCGGCCUGCUACAGCGGGCCUCCGGCGCCGCCAACGCCCGCGAGGCGGCCGCGGCCCUGAGGCGCGGGCCCUCCGUGGUGGCCGCGCCCGGGGCCCCCGCGUGCGAGCGGCGCGAGGCCCACGCGGUGCGCGCCGCGCCCGGGGGUGCCGGCGGCCCCCUGGUGGCGUGCGAGGGCGGGAGCUUCCUGCUCGGCCGCGAGGGCGGGAGCUUCUACGGCGGCGUGGCCUCCCCGGUGGCCGCUCCUCCCAAGGACCCCUUCGCCAAGCCGGGCGCCGGCCACGCGGCCGUGCGGCUGCAGCAGGUGCCGAUGCGCAGCGUGCCGCAGGCGCGCCCGGCCGGGCGGGCGCGGCCGGCGGCCGCCAGGUGCCGGCCCAGCGGGCCCCGGGAGGCCGCUGCGCGCGCGGGCUGCCCGGCCUCGCCCGUGGCCGCCAGCGUCGCCGCGCCCGCGCAACUGCAGGCGGUCGGCUGA